AAAAUUACACAAGAGCCAGGGCAGGUCCCACCUUUGAAACAGGUGGGAAACAAAUCACAAUGCUUCAAGCGAACCAUGGGACCUCGAACUGUACCACGCCCGCUCCCACCAUUGAGGAUAUCAAAUUCUCCUCUUUGAUCUGUACGUCUCCAACAAGCCACUCACUAUGUCGAUUGCAGUCGUACCAGCACACGUCGACCGCCGCUCAUCCUCGUAAAUGGUUAGGUACAUUGACACUUCCCGUCGACAACUCUGUUCUGUGUUCGGUGACCUCGGGAAUCGCUAGGAAUCGCUGAGCCCUGCACUGCACAGGCUGCUGCACCUCUCUCGCUCGUGCUCAAUCAUUCGACGGUAUUUAGUUCUUGCAUGGGGUCGGGUCGCCGCCGCACGCUCUUGUAAUAAACCAUCUCGCAUAAUCUGCACUUCAUGUCUUGGUCGCCGAACAAGAUCACUUCUGCCGUCACUGCCGUGGAAAUGGAGCAACCAGCGGCUGAGAUACAGCUGGUUCACGUACCUGAUAAUGUCGAGACAGCGACGACCGUCAAUGGCCGCGGGCCCUCCUCCACGUCCCCUAACUCCGACGACGCUGGACCAGAGUCCCAAUCCCAGUCUCAAAAUGAACGUGGAACAUCAAUCACCUCCUCGCGACCCGACCAGAACCGAGAGCGGGCCACAGUCCCAUCUGCUUGUGUUCAGUGUCGAUCCAAGCAUCUCAAAUGCGACGGCUUGAAUCCAUGUACGAGAUGCUCUUCCAACAGCUUUGAGUGUGUUUAUGUGCGAAGUCGUCGAGGCUUCAAAGGCCCCCGCCGCAAUGGCGCCCUAGGCAAGGCUGCCUCAGUAGUGGGAACCAUCGAUAGGAGCUGUCCCUUGGUGCAUCCAAAUGGAGCGCCGAUUGUGAGAACGACACCAAAUGUCCCAAGUGGUUUAGCCACUCCUCCAGAUCACAGGUUGAUGACCUUGCCUCGCGCUGUCGAUCUGCCGCUGUUUGAUAUAAGCCAAGAGUUGGUUUCUUUUGAGCCGAAACCAUUGCCGUCUGGUUUGAACCUUCGAGAACGGUGUAUCGAAGCCUUCUUCUACCACUUUUAUCCGGCUCACCCGUUUAUAUUAUCUCGGAAUAGCUUCUACGCACUCCGGAAAGAGAAGCCCGAGCUCCUUGUCCAUCUGGAGGCUUGCAUGCGUUAUGUGGGCUCGUUUUAUGUACCCCAAGCUCCAAUGGAGACUUUGGAGGAGGCAGCUGAGCGUUCUGUCUACGACCCUAAAUACCCGAAAGAUGGAUUCAAGGUACAAGCUAUGCUCAUUCUGGCCAUUGGCCUCGAUGGUCGCACAUAUCAAGAAAAAGCACUUCAGGUUCUCCUUGAUGCUCAAGACAUUGCCUUGGAGCUUGGGAUGAAUAAGCGAGACUACGCUUUCAUGAAUGGAGGAGGUUCAGAUGUCUUGUCAGAAAGUUGGCGCCGAACGUGGUGGGAACUUUAUAUCGUCGAUGGCAUGAUUGCUGGCGUUCAUCAGAAGAGCACUUUUCGCAUGAAAGAGAUUCCAGCUGAUGUAGCUCUACCUUGUGAAGAGAAGGAAUUCGCUUCCGGACAAAUACCAAUUCCUCAUUCAAUUGAGGACUUCGAUGAUGAAUCAUUUGAUGGGAGAGAUUUCUACUAUUCCUCUUUCACAUAUCGAAUCGCUGCAAUUCGGAAUCUAGGUCGGGUAUUGUCUUCUAGACAAAUCAUGAUGCCAGAUGUUCCCACCAUCGAGAGGAUUGAUGCUUAUUUGGUUAAUUGGAGGUUGCACUUGCCAGAGUCGAAGAAAGACUUUGUGAACAGUGAUGGUCAACUUGAUGAGAUGCUAUUUCAAGCCCAUAUGAUCACUGAAGCAACAACGAUCCUGCUUCACCGUGAGCAUUCUGAGCUCGAUUCCACCGUCGCCAGAAAUGUCACUUCCUGCGCUCCCCACAAACCCAUCGUGCCCGGCCAAUCCUACAACGUCCACGCCGCAAAAACCAUUCAAGCCGCUCAAGAUAUUUCAAAAUUAAUUCAACUCCCAGUCCCCCUCGUCAAACACACCCAUUUCUUCACCUGCGUCGUCACACUGGCGUCAAUAGUACAUCUCUCAUGUUGGUCCGUCCUCAUGCCCGGAAUCCACGACGACGACCUCAAGCAACAACUCCGUCUCAACACCGGCGCUCUAAAAUCCCUAUGGCAAAUCUGGCCUUCUGCCGGAAAGGCUUUCGAUCAGGUAAAAGGCGUAGCGCGGGAGAUUUACGCAAACAAGAAACACGCGGCCGAAGUGGGUUUCUGGUCUAAUCUGUCGGAUGAUGAGGUUAUGAGGAGUAUGAUUGAGGAUCAAACUAUUAUGGAGGAGUUGCAAUUGCUUAAUUAACUUGACUUUGUGGGAAGGGAUGUAAAAGUAUUUAUUUAUGACUUAUGAUGAUGUUAUUUAUUUUGUUAGAGUUGGAGUUGCGAAGCGUAUAUUUGGAUACCUGGGAAAUCUAUUCUUUUGCUUGACUCCCAUUUUUUAUUUUCUUGAUGUUCCAGAUUUGCUAAGUCUAUAAAUGCCUCACAAUAUCUUAUCUUGCUUUGGAUAAUUGUGAGGGUAUAAUGUCCCAAAUCAGCAAAAUGUCAUUACUACUGAUGCUUUCACAACUCAACCCCG